AUGCUGGAUCAGCAACAUCAGGAGGCACAGGAUCAGAUCGGAGGUGCUCGCGCCCUGCUGGAGCUGGGCACAAAACAGAAGGAAGGCGGAGAUCAAAACAACGACGUCGACCAGCAAUCCAAGCACGACGAUGAGGACGAGCCGCUUGACAGAUCGAGGAAGCGGAAUUUUUCCAACGACGACGACAUGUCGCAGCUAGAAUUCCAGCAGUGGACCACUGGAUUUUUGGCCGACGAUUUGGAGGGCCAGGAAGGCGACAACGACACCGAUGGGUACCAUUUUGGGAACCAGUCUGGGCUCGGAAUCCCUUCGUUGAGUCAGAACAGUUCAAAGAGACCAAAGAAGACCCCGCGAAAGGAUACGAACGGCAUAAGUGGCAGAAACAGUACGCCAUCCACGAGUAACGUUCACCCCGUGAGAAUAAAAAAUAUCAAUGUGGACCCGGAACUGGCAAACCUCGACACCUCUUCGUUUGUCCAGGAUGCCAUGAUUGAUGCCAGAACACUGGCCAGUCUGGGAUCUAUUGACCACGAAUAUCUGAGACAUGCUGCAGAGGGCGCACAUUCAGAGUCUGCCGAGGACGAGGUCCAGCAUUUGGCAGUCCAAGCUGUUAAUCAGGCUGUUGCUGCCGCGCAAGCCCAGGCCGCCGCUGUGAUGGAGAAAAACGAUCACCAGUCGAACGGAGAGGCACACGACAGAAAACAUCUACCGACUCCGCCUUUGCAGCCGGACUCUCAGCAGGACAGGUCUGGGUCUCGAGGAAUGACUCCUUCGGGCCAUCCAUUUUCUGUGCCAAGCGCAGAGACAGCCGCGCUGGUUGCCGAGGCUGCUGAGAAGGCACGAAGCUACGUCACCGUUCACUCGCAAGGACGCUCGUUUUCCAAAGAAGAGUCGAACGCAAUCGACCUGUUUAUCACAGAGUACCAGAACAUUAACAACAUGACCAGAGAGGAGAUUUGCAAGCGGAUUUGGUCGAAUGAGCGGAAGAAGGACGAUUUUUGGGAAUCGCUGCAGAAGGUGUUGCCCGAAAGAACGCGAGCAUCGUUGUACAAGCACGUUCGCAGAACUUACCAUAUAUUUAAUGUGAGAGGAAAAUGGUCGCCUGAGGACGACGAACGCCUUGCCCAGCUGGCUGCCAAGAUGGAGGGCCAAUGGAAGGAGAUUGGAAGGGAGAUGAACAGAAUGCCAGAGGACUGCAGAGACAGAUGGAGGAACUACGUCAAGUGCGGAAAUAAUAGGCUAAGACACAAGUGGUCUUUGGAGGAGGAAGACAAGUUACGGAGCGUGAUACACGGCAUGUUGCGAGAACAGACGGCCAACUCUGAGUCGAUGGACGUGGAGCCGGUGAUCAACUGGACCCUGGUCAGCGAGAGAAUGGGCGGCACACGUUCUAGAAUCCAGUGCAGAUACAAAUGGAAUAAGCUGGUGAAGCGCGAAGCUGGAAACCGUGCGCGAAGCGUAGACUUGGAAACCAGAAACUGGCUACUUGCGCGGUUAAGAGAGAUUUGGAACCGCGAGGGUACAGAUUCCAUUGACUGGGAUACCUUGGCAUCUUUACACCCAAGCAAUGCUUGGUCGGGUGCAGAUUUCAAAAAAUGUUUCGAAAAAAUGAAGUCCACCAUUACCGGUUAUAAGAAGAAACCGUUCAUUGAGAUUGUGGACACAUUGCUACAAGAAAACACAGAGAACUAUUUCGACUCCGAGAACAAGAGCGUAGACAAGAAGAAGGAGGCGGACAGGCCGGACUCCAAGAAACCCGAGGCGGAGGUGUCGCUUUCCGAGCUUCAGGAUUUGGUGAAACGGGAAGUCGAGGCCAUUGAGUUUCAGUAA